AAAAAACAUCGGAGGAAUCCUGUCGGCCCCCCACCCUCCCUCCCGCGAGCCCUAGCGGCGCCGCUGGUCGCCUUGGCCGCCGCAGGCCGAGUCCCCGGCGAAAAUGGAUGGCGACCCUCCUCCACCCAAUCCGGCGAUUCCUUCCUCAACCAGCUCGAUUUUGGCCUCCGCCCAUGCCGCCCAGAGACAACUCGCGCUGGGCCAUGGCGGCCUUGGUGGCCUGGGCGCCGCCGGCCGUGCCUCUUUAGGUUUCGUGGCGUCGAGCGGCGGCGCGCUCACGCUCGCGCUCCUCUGCAACAAGGCGCUGCUCCCCGAGAGGGUCCCCAUCACCAUCGCGCUCACGCCGCCCGUCGCCAGGGCCCUCAGCCGCUGGAGGCUCGUCAAGAGCUGAUCUGUGAGUCCGUCCACCGAUUCGGAUUCUCUGCAAUUCUAGGACGAGAGCAAAAAUUGAUGCAACCUUCACCUACUUGUAGAAUGAUGUGGCUGUUGUUUAAUUCGAAAGAGUUCCUGUCGAAUAAUGGUGCUGUGAAGCUGAAUUCUGUUCUAGAGAAACAUGAAAUUGGAGAGCAACAGAUCAAAUUUUUUGGCCUUGUUAGUGAUACUGUCAUUUGUCACUCUGUUGUUAUACAUAGUAUUCACCAUAACUGAUUGGAUUUCUGAACAAUUAUCUUUGGAUCAUAGCAAUGCUCCAGAUGUCUAUGUUUA